AUGCGAUGCAAUGAUGCACCGGGAUUGCUUUUUGAGUGCAACAAAUUGUUGGUUACUGAUGCUGUGGUGGGUUUUGUUCAAAAUUUCAGAAUUGUAAUGGAAAACUCAGACCAUGACGAACCCGAGAAGAAGAGGCCUCAUCUCACCUCUGUUUCCUCCCGCACGCCUCGAAACUCCAUCAACUCUCCUACCACCAACAAAAUCGCUGAUGCAGGAGUCUUACAGUUCCAGAAUCAGCAGCUUGUUCAACAGAUAGACAUCCAAAAACAUGCUUUGCAUGAUCUUGAAGAAAAAAUUGGAGAAUUGAAAGGAAAGCAAAGUUCUUAUGAUGACUUGUUAAUUGCAUUGAACCAACACUGGAUUCAGUUGGUAGACGAUAUGAUUCUUCUUGCAAUACAAGCUGGGAGAGGCAAAGGCAAAGACACAUUGCAAUAUUUGACUGACAUUGAUACUCCUAAAGGUUCACUUCCUUCGUGUCCCGCUGAGGAUAUAUUUCUAUGUAGAUUAAUCCAGAAAGAUUCUAUUAAAGGAAUCAGUGAUGAUGAGAUAACUAGUUCUGUUGAGGAGGCCCUUGCUUUGCGUCAAUCAUCUACAAGUGAGUUGUUCAAACUCCUGAAGGAUAUUAUUGAUGAUCAGAUGGAAAGAUCAGGCAGUAUAGCUCAGGUUUUACAUGGAGAUUUAUCAUCAGAAGAUGCUAUAAGCCUAAUGACUAAGAUUGAUGAUAUGAUGAAAGAAGAGGCAAAUAAUUUACAAGAAGUGAUUGAUACUCUCCAUGCAAAGCAUAAAGAGUAUACUGUUGGUAUUCAAAGUUCUGUUAAUGAGUGCAUACAAGAUCAAUCUGACAUUAAACACCUUGCAGGUGAGCUUGAUGAGGUAAUCGCUGAACUUGAAGAGAGUAGAAGAAAACUAGUCAAUCUGGAAAUGCAAAAGGAUGCGGCAAUAGGGAUGAAUUCUCCCAAUGCAGAUGCAGUGAAUGGAAAUCUGUCUCCUGAAAACAUUGCAGAUAGGAGCAUGGGUUUGCGUGAGUUGAAGGAUUCAAUUGAGGAAGCAAAGAUAGUGGAUGCUGAUCGUCUCUCUGAGCUCCAAGAUGCACGAGAAGACAAUCACACCUUGACAAAGCAAUUCCAAGAUCUUCAGAAUGAAUUGAAAGAUGAUAAGUAUGUACGAUGUUCUCGAAUAUACUCUUUAGCUAAUGAUCAACUUCAACAUUGGACAUCUGAAUUGGCCCGAUAUAAAACAUUGGCAGAAUCUCUGCAGGCUGGCAGUGUUCAUAUUGCAAAAUGGGAGAAUGAACUAAAUUUGAAGUUGGAGUCUGCUGAUGCCGCAAGGCAGGUCCUUGACAAUUCUGACCAUAGGAUUGAUGAACUAGAGCUCCAGUUGCAGAAGUGUAUUAUUGAAAAGAAUGAUCUAGAAAUUAAAAUGGAAGAAGCUAAACAGGAUACUGGGAGAAAAGAUAUCAAAUCUGAGUUUCGUGUUAUGGCUUCAGCUUUAUCUAAAGAAAUGGGGAUGAUGGAAGCUCAAUUAAAGCGAUGGAAAGAUGCAGCUCAUGAGGCUGUAUCAUUACGUGAGAAAGCUCAUUCACUAAGAGAAGUGUUGAGCACAAAGACAAGCGAACUUAAGAACCUUGCAAACAAAAGUGCUGAACAGGUUUUGGAAAUCAGGUCUUUAAAAACGUUGAUUGAAAAGUUAAAGAGGGAGAAUCAGGAAUUAGAAUUUGUUCUGGACAUGUAUGGGCAAGAGAAUUAUGAUAAAAGUUAUUCAGAAAUCAAAGAAUCUGAAAGUAAAGCUCACUCUCAAGCUGAAAUUCUGAAAAAUGCUUUAGAUGAGCAUAGCCUAGAGUUGAGAGUAAAAGCUGCUAAUGAAGCUGAAGCUGCUUGUGAGCAAAGGCUUUCUGCCGCUGAAGCUGAAAUAGAGGACUUGAGGGCCAAGCUGGAUGCAUCUGAGAGGGGUAUUUUGGAGCUGACUGAGGCUAUUAAAGUUAAAGAUGCUGAGGCAGAGGCAUAUAUAUCUGAAAUUGAGACUAUUGGUCAAGCAUACGAAGAUAUGCAGACACAGAACCAAAAUCUGUUGGACCAGGUGAUCGAGAGGGAUGACUAUAAUAUUAAGCUUGUAUCAGAUAGUGUGAAGGCAAAACAGACGUACAACACUUUAUUGUCCCAGAAGCAGGCCUUGACUAAGCAACUUCAACAACUUAAUACUUCUAUUGAAAACUCAAAGGCGAGGAUUGCACACAGUGAAGAACAGAUGAAAGCUAUUCUAUCUGAAGCCAUUAAGUGUAAUCAAGAAGAAAAACACCUUGCAGUAACCCUUGAAUUUGCAAAGUGGGAAUUGGCAGAUGCUGAGAAGGAACUGAAGCUGCUCAAAUCUUCUGUUUCGUCUUCAGAGAAAGAGUACGAUCAAAUUCAGAAAGACACUGAAGCUAUUGAAAUGGAAUUGGAGAGUGAACGGAGUUCAAGGAAGAAGCUUGAGGAAGAAUUAAGGGAAUUGAACAGCCAAAUUGCUGAGCUGACUUCUGAAACUGGAGAAACAACAAUACAAAAACUCGAAAAAGAAAUAAGGAUAUGCAAGAACAUGAUCAAGUGUACUGUCUGCACUGAUCGUCCUAAGGAGGUUGUGAUUGUCAAAUGCUAUCAUUUGUUCUGUAAUCCAUGCAUUCAGAGAAAUCUAGAGCUUCGGCACCGCAAAUGUCCUGCAUGUGGAACAGCAUUUGGACAGAGUGAUGUUCGUUUUGUAAAGAUAUGA